CACUCGACUGAUGGUAAGGAGAGAGAGUUGAUAGAAGUGGAAUGUAACACAUCUUGUCUUAUCUUCAGAGGCUUUUUUACACAGCUGCACUUCUAGGACCAGAGUGGCGGAGAGAGCAGUGUCCACACAGACACAUUCAUACACACAAGCGAAGAUAUGGCAUCCCCCAGCAGUCUCCUGUCUGAAGAGCAGUUCCACUGCUCUAUCUGUCUGGAUGUGUUCACUGACCCAGUCUCCAUCCCAUGUGGACACAACUUCUGCAAGGCCUGUAUCAAAGGAUACUGGGAUAGCACAGGCCUGUUCCAGUGUCCCCUGUGUAAGCAGAUAUUCCACAUAAGACCUGAACCGGAUGUCAACAGAACACUUAGAGGAGUUGCAGAACUUUUUAAGGGAUUGAUAGUGAGAGACAGAGAGGAUUUUGCUACAGAGCCUGGAGAAGCGGUCUGUGAUGUCUGCACUGGCAGGAAGCGCAAGGCUCUGAGGUCCUGCCUGGUUUGUCUGACCUCGUACUGUGAGUCUCAUCUAGAGCCUCAUCAGAUAGCCCCAGCCCUGAAGAGACACCAACUGAUCAACCCUGUAAAUAACCUUGAAGACAGGAUGUGUAAGAAGCACAACAAACUCCUUGAGCUGUUCUGUAGGACUGACCAGAUAUGUGUGUGUCAGUUCUGCUCUGAGACUGACCACAAGGCUCAUAACAGCGUACCCCUGGAAGAAGAAUGUGACCAAAGGAAGGCUCAGCUUGGGAAGACAGAGGCACAAGUGACGCAGAUGAUUCAGGAGCGACUGCAGAAGGUUAAGGAGAUCAAACACUCAGUAGAUCGCAGCAAAAAACACACUGAGAGGGAGAUGUCUGACAAAGUACAGAUCUUCACCGCUCUAGUUCACUCCAUUGAUACAUGUAAGGCUGAGUUCAUUUGUGUGAUUGAGCAGAAGCAAGAAGCUUCAGAGAAGUGUGCUGAAGGUAUCAUUAAAGAACUGGAGCAAGAAAUCACUGAGCUGAAGAGGAUAAGCUCUGAGCUGGGGCAGCUCACACACACCAAGGACCAUCUUCAACUCCUCCAGAGCUCCCCAUCCUGGUGUCUCCCUGUAAAGGCCAAGGACUGGUCGGAGAUCAAUGUUCAAAGCCACCUGCACAUGGGGUACAUGAAGAGAGCUGUAUCUCAGCUGGGAGACAAACUGAUGAGUGAGGUAAAGAGAUUUCAUAAUGAGAUGGAGAACGAGCUGAAGAAGUUGUGUGAAGCUGAGAUGAAGAUUCUGCAGUAUGCAGUGGAUGUGACUCUGGACCCUGACACAGCAUAUCCUGAACUAAUCCUGUCCGUGGAUGGGAAGCAAGUGAGGUGUGGGGACCAAUCACAGAAUCUCUCAAAUAACCCAAAGAGGUUUACUUAUAUAUACAGUGUCCUGGGGAAGGAGGGCUUCUCCUCAGGGAAAUCUUACUAUGAGGUACAGGUGAAGGGCAAGACUGAAUGGGAUUUAGGAGUGGCCACAGAAUCCAUCAAUAGGCAGGGGUGGUUACCGCUGAGCAUUGAGGAUGGCGUCUGGACUUUGGGGCUGAGCACAAAUAAUUACUAUGAGGCUAAUGACCCCAAAGUACAGCUGAGCCUGAAAAAGAAGCCCCAGAAGGUGGGGGUGUUUGUGGAUUAUGAGGAGGGUCGGGUCUCCAUUUAUGAUGUGGAUGCCACUGCCAGAUCUCACAUCUGCUCUUUCACUGGCCACAAAUUCACAGAGAAACUCUAUCCAUACUUCCACUGUGGGUAUCCUGAUGGUGAGAGAAACAUAGCCCCUCUGGUCAUCUCUCCUGUCAGUCAGAUGACUGGCCCAGUGCUACAUUAGGGAUGCAUUUUGUUACGUUAGAUUUAUUCUAAAAUUGAUUUUUUUUUAAAAAUAUCCUCAUCAAUCUACACACAAUACCCCAUAAUGACAAAGCGAAAAACAGGUUUGAGAUUCUAAAUUGAGCUCAGAUGCAUCCUGUUUCCAUUGAUCAUUCUUGAGAUGUUUCAACUUGUUUGGAGUCCACCUUUGGGGAAUUCAAUUGAUUGGACAUGAUUUGAAAAGGCACACACCGGUCUUUAGAGUUCUCACAGUUGAGAGUGCAUGUCAGAGCAAAAACCAAGCCAUGAGGUUAAAAUAAUUGUUUGAAGAGCUCAGAGACAGAAUUGUGUCGAGGCACAGAUCUGGGGAAGGGUACCAAAACAUUUAUAUAGCAUUGAAGGUCCCCAAGAACACAGUGGCCUCCAUCAUUCUUAAAUGGAAGAAGUUUGGAACCACCAAGACUCUUCCUAGAGCUGGCCGCCCAGCUAAACUGAGCAAUCGAGGGAGAAAGGCCUUGGUCAGGGAGGUGAUCAAGAACCCAAUGGUCACUCUGACAGAGCUCCAGAGUUCCUCUGUGGAGAUGGGAGAACCUUCCAGAAGGACAACCAUCUCUGCAGCAAUCCACCAGUCAGGCAUUUAUGGUAGAGUGGCCAGAUGGAAGCCUCUCCUCAGUAAAGGGGACAAGAAAUCCUGCUUGGAGUUUGCCAAAAGACACCUAAAGAGUCUCAGAUCAUGAGGAACAAGAUGCUCUGGUCUGAUGAAACCAAGAUUGAACUCUUUGGCCAGAAUGUCAAGAGUCACGUCUGGAGGAAACCUGGCACCAUCCCUACGGUGAAGCAUGGUGGUGGCUGCAUCAUGCUGUGGGGAUGUUUUUCAGUGGCAGGGACUGGGAGACUAGUCAGGAUCGAGGAAAAGAUGUACGGAGCAAAGAGAUUAUGGACGAAAACCAGCUCUUAAGUGCUCAGGACCUCAGACUGGGGUGAAGGUUCACCUUCCAACAGGACAACGAUCCUAAGCACACAGCCAAGACAACACAGGAGUGGCUUCAGGAGAAGUUGAUGAAUGUCCAGAUCAAACAUCUCUAGAGACCUGAAAAUAGCUGUGCAGCAACACUCCCCAUCCAACCUGACAGAGCUUGAGAGGAUCUGCAGGGGAGAUCGGGAGAAACUCCCCAAAUACAGGUGUACCAAUCUUGUAGCGUCAGACUCGAAGCUGUAAUCGCUAACUAAGGUGCUUCACCAUAGUACUGAGUAAAGGGUCUGAAUACUUAUGUAAAUGUAAUAUUUCAAUGUUUGUUUUGUCUUUACAUUUGCAAAACAUUUAAAAAUAAUAAUAUUUUUGCUUUGUCAUUAUGGGUUAUUGUGUGUAGAUUGAUGAGGGAAAAAUCAAUUUAAUCAAUUUUAGAAUAGGGCUGUAAUGUAACAAAAUGUGGAAAAAGUAAAGGGGUCUGAAUACUCAGGAGAUGGAAAAAGUGCCCAAUUGUUGUACUUGAGUAAAAGUAAAGAUACCUUCAUAGAAGUGAAAGUCACCCAGUAAAAUGCUACUUGAGUAAAAGUCUAAAAGUAUUUGGUUGAAAUAUACUUAAGUAUCAAAAGUAAAAGUAUAAAUCCUUUCAAAUAUUUCAAAUUUAGUGAGUCUGCCAGAUCAGAUGCAGUAGGGAUGACCAGGGUGAUGUUCUCUUGAUAAAUGUAUAAAUUGUACCAUUUUCCUCUCCUGCUAAGCAUUCAAAAUGUAACAAGUCAUUUUGGGUGUCAAGGAAAAUGUAUGGAGUAAAAAGUAAAUUAUUUUCUUUAGGAAUGUAGUGAAGUAAAAGUAAAAGUUGUCAAAAAAAGAAAGUAAAGUUAAGUACAGAUACCCCCAAAAACUAUUUAAGUAGUACUUUAAAGUAUUUUUUACUUAAGUACUGUAUACUACUGUAUAGUAGCUAAUCGCCUGGUAAAAAUGUAUGAUUACAACUGUUACUCUAAUUUAUUAUGUGAAAAUAAAGAACAACUACUUCCCUAAA